GUGCUUUUUUUGAAGGGGAUUUGGCGCGCAAUUCGCCGUUCGAGAGCUCAUCCAAGUUCGAGCGGAUCUAAAGCUCCCAAGUUUUUGAGACACUUCAUCCUCUGAUCGGUGAAGGAGGAGGGAAGGUUCGAUUUUUGAGGUAAGGCCGAACUUUUCCGUUCAAGUACAGUCUAAAGCGAGUGCACACACAAUCGUUAGUGGGGCUACUCGAGUGCUACUCAAGUGGAACAAUCUAAAAAACUCAUCAUAGUGUGCUCAUUCAUUAGUGGACCACAAAGGUUACACACCAUUUCUGGUGGUCAUGGAGGAGGAGUAUAUGCUCAAGUGGCGGGAUUAUCAGUCCAACUUUUUCUCCCUGGCUGAAGAGCUCUACUUGAACGAGUUUCUGACAGAUGUCACACUCUGCUGCAAGAAUCAAUACUUCGAAGCCCACCGCUUGGUUCUCUCCGUGUGCAGUCCUUAUUUCCAUUCAUUAUUUACCCAGGCUUAUCACAGUCACCCACUCAAGCAUCCCAUCAUCUUCCUCAAGGAUGUUAAGCCCCUGGAGAUGGAACGCUUGCUCCAAUUCAUCUACUACGGAGAGGUCAAAGUCCCCAAUUCAGAGAUCGAAGCUUUCAUUCAGGCGGCCUCGAGUUUGAACAUACGCGGACUGAGUUCGUUACAAAAACCCCGAAGAGAUUCAGAAGGCGCCACUUCAACAGCAGCAGCAGCAGCAGCAGCAACAACAAGAACAGCAACAACACCGGCAUCUGCUAACCCCACGCCCAUUCGUGAUGAACAACAACAACAACCACAAACCACGCCCAGCCCCCAUGCAUCCACCUCGAGACAUACCAUGCCUCUCGCGGAUUACAACAAAAGUUCCCCGCUGAAGAAGCGCAAGCGUCGCCAUUCCUAUUUCCAAAACACGAUCGCUUCGCCACCACCAUUGGAGAACAAAGACAUUCCCGCCCCUCAUCAUCCAACCUCCCAUUAUUCAAUACCUUUGGUCCGGGAGCAGAAACAAGAGAAGAGCUUAAAUCUCUCCACCAAACGGUCCCCCAAUCGGGACGAAGAGCCCGAUUCGAAACCCAACAGUAUUUCCGGUAUGGAUCCCCUUGACGAGCAGCAAUCUCGGGUGAUCUCGUUGAAGCGGGAAGAUGAGCAUUGCAGGUUAAAUGACGGCGAGGAGGAGGAGAGAGGGGUGUCACCACCGCCAUCCCAGUAUGAAAGUGUGACCAUCAUCCCCGAUCUUCAGUCCACGUCGGCCAACGCCCUCUACCGGGCAUCCUCCAAUUCCAAUCGACCUGCGGCCACGCCCCGAAUCUUGCCGCCUAAUGAGCCGCGCAAAUCGGGGACUUGCUAUUUCUGCAAGAAGGCGUUCAUGAAGAACAAACAGCUCAUGAACCACGUGUGUCCCAAGAAACCGAAGGCAGUCAAUCCAGGAUCCACAAGUCCGGUGACUGGCGGUAAAUAGAAGUCGAUCUCUUUGCUGAACAUCAAUUCUUAUGAACACAAUAUACGUAUUAUUCGUUCUUUUACCUCCUUUCUUGGCAAUGCUGAUCAUGAUUUGUACGGAAUGAUCUACCCAAUUCCGCUUCUUAUAAAAACAUGCGAAUGAUUGAAAAAAUA